UUGAUUGGCGUUUGUGCCCCACCGCGAGCAGUUUCCCUUCUCCCAGUGGAAAGUAUUCCUGCAAGAAACCGGCCUCGACGCACUUCCACUAGACGCCGAGUCACUCUGUUGUCAGUUUCGUUAUAAAGAUGAUCCGGAACAGAUGCAUUAUUCUCAUCAUGUUAUCGAUAUCCGCGAAUUUAUCGGCGGGUCAACCCCUGCCAGAGGAGCCCGAGGAGCCGGUCCAGGAUGCGGAGGACAAAGCCCUCUUCAACCUGCCCUUCCUGCAGUUCAAGAAUGGAGGAGUGAGGGUGAAUUUCGCUGGUUACCACGCUGAGGCCGGAUUGGGGGGACUUCUCGGGGGUUCUGGGACUAGGGGAGGACUUUAUGCAGGAGUUGGUACACCGUUCGGGUCUCAUGCCUCCGCUGAUAUCGGCGGGGCCUUGGGAGGAGACAAAGGAGCCGGUGGAUUGAGGGCUCGUGCUGGUCUAGGAAACGGUCUCCCCGAGGCGGUAGCGGGGUUGGGCGGUAAUUUAGACGGAUCGAACAGCGGUGGUAACGGCGGUAGACUCUACGCCGGAGCGAGCAAUGGAUUAAAAACUAGGCUCGUCACCAAAGACAUUGGUGUCCCCGAUAUUGAUCAGUCGAAUAUCCAAGUGAUUCCAAGGAAGAGCGAUGUGAGUCAGACCUCAGCCGAUGCCCCUGAGAGGUCCAAACCGGAGGUGAUCAGGCGCGAAGCUGGUGUGCAGGACGAUAGCGCUAACGCUGUGGAGCCGGCUCCCGUCGCAGUCGUGACUGACGCGCCUUUGCAUGCGUAUCCCACGAGGCGAUGUCGCAGGAAGAGACUCUGUACCAAUUUCGCUAUAAAGACAUUGAAUCAUCAGCAAUACCCGGGAAACCUGCUCACCCCUGAUCUCGGCCUUGACAAACCCCUUCCAGGACUCGAUGCGGGAAUUGUGGAGAGGAGCGCGGGCCCGGAGAUGCCGGCGGGAGGCGGAACAUACCCGGGAGUUUCUACUGAUGCCACGGGGUACAAGGGAGUAGCUGUGCCUCCAGGUCCUGCACCUGUCGGUCCACCUGCAGGAUAUCCCAGACGCACGUUAUUUGAUGAUAUUUUUAACAUUCCCAUUGCAACUCUGACGGCAGUAAACCAGUUGUUGAAUAGCAAACUGGGCUGAUUCAUCAUUGUAAUCGUUGGGGAAGAUCUACGUGUCGUUACCGAGAUACCAAGGACGCACAAUAAUUCAAUACUCUCCUUUAUAAAAUUUUUAUUAGCUGAUAGCAACUGGAACUCGUUCCUCGUCUUGAUUUGGAUAAUACAAACAUUAGAGUGAGUGAUGGAAGCGAUGGGCAUUCAUUCCAUGAAACAAUUUUUUAAUAAAAAACCGAUAAACUUGCGGUAGAAAAAUAUAAUGUGUUUGUCAUAUGCAGAUGUCGCAUAACAUGUCAUUCCCAGAAAACGUAAUAAUAAUGUACUGUUUAUAAUGGCUGGAAGUCUCCCUACCAUUGUUCACGUUAAUUGAAAUUAUUCUGAGAUGUUCGUUGAGCGAAUUGAUGGCCGAUACGCGCAAUGGGAGCCCAAUGAGCCGUGACGAUGUCCAAAGUUUGAUUUCCAUGAAAAUACGUCAAUUGUCCGAGUCCUUGAUGCGAGUCAUAAGUCGUGACGUACACUUAUUAGUUAUUUAUUUCGUCUCGCUGUCGGUAAUCGGGGAAUUUUUUAUUGAGACAUGUUUGAUGACUCGGAUAUUGAUCGACUAGUUUUUCAGCCCUCUGAUAAUCGAAAGAGUUUCUUGUCAAGUUAGGACCCCAAUGACAUCAAAUUAGAAAUAUUUUAUAAUUUUCUUUAGAAUAGUUCUGUCUAAUCUCAUGACUGUAUUAAUAUUGAAGUAGAAAUACACGAACUUGAAGUGAA